CUCCAGUAAACCGGAAGUAAUAGUUUCUGACCUUUACAGCCAACUGACACGUGGGGUUUGUUAUGGUCUGGAAUUUGACGUUUAGUUUAGUGGUUUAGUUUAGUGGUUUGUAAAGCUUGUUGGCAAAAUAAUAAUGCCGAUGGCUUUAUUUUUUAUUUCUCGAAAUAAUUUUUCUUUAUACUAAGUUAUCUGGUUCGUUGCAGCUAUUUCCGUUCUGUUGGUAACGUUAUAACUUACUAGAACAGCAUUUAAAAUGGAUGGCAAACCACUAAUUUUAGAUGGAGGUCUGGGAACUGAACUCGAAGUUAAUGGACUUCAAAUAGAUGGGGAUCCACUGUGGAGUGCAAGAAUGCUACAUACAGACCCAAAGGCCAUUAAGGAUGUCCAUUAUAGAUUUCUCCAAAGUGGCUCAGAUGUCAUAACAACAGCCACGUAUCAGGCCAGCAUCAAAGGAUUUGUGAAAUAUCUUGGUCUUGGGCCUGAGGAAGCUCAGCAGCUGAUCAUGUCUGGAGUUCAACUGGCAAAAGAGGCAGUAUCAGACUUCAUGUCUCAGGACAAGGUUUCAGAAGACCGAAGACAACCUUUGAUUGCAGGCUCAGUUGGUCCAUAUGGCGCCUUCCUACAUGAUAGAUCAGAGUAUACUGGGGCAUAUGAGGAAAAGAUGACAGUGGAGGAGUUCAAAGACUGGCAUCGUCCCCAGAUCCAGUGUUUGGUAAAGGCUGGAGUCGAUCUUGUUGCCAUCGAGACAAUUCCAUGUAUUAAAGAGGCAGAGGCAUUGGUAGAAGUUCUCAAAGAAUUCCCAGGAACUAAAGCCUGGCUUUCCUUUUCCUGUAAGGACAGUCAUAAUAUUUCGAGUGGGAAGACAUUUUCUGAGGCAGUGCAGGUGGCUUGUAGGUCCUCACAGCUGGUUGCUGUGGGAGUGAACUGUUGCUCCCCUGAUCUGGUGAAACCACUUCUAGAGUCAGCCAUGUCACACAAAAAAGCAGAUUUGAGCUGGGUGGUCUAUCCCAACAAUGAAGAGGGUUGGGAUCCCGAGACAGGAGGAAGAACAGAAAAAUGGACAUCAUUUGCAAAAUUAAGUCUUGACUGGAAAGAGCAAGGGGCUUUGUGGAUAGGUGGCUGCUGCUUUGUUGGUCCUGCAGAUAUAACUGAGCUAAAGCAUGUGCUACAUGUGUAGCCUUAACUCAUGAAACAGUGUGAUAUUAUCCACAUCCAAGUUACAUUUGAAAUAAUGCCCUGAUGUUUAAGAAAGUCUGUCAGUAUUUGAGUUAUAAAGAAAUAAAAUAUUAGAUUUA